AUGGCCAUCACGCGCGUCACAUAUUUUAAAGUCCCCAAGGCGGCGGACCGGCAGGCACUCGUUUCCCUGUACCGAGCCAUGCCGACCAAAGCGUUGAAGAUACUAUCACCCAGCUGGCUUGUGGCCAUCGCUUCGCUCUGGCUGCUCACCACUAACUGGUGGCAGAACGGCGCACCCUACAUCCGCUCCGUCAAGGCCGGCCCUGCGCUGGCCGACGCCCGCAGCCAGGGUUUUACGUUUGCGGCCAUUUCGGUGUUUGACUCGCUCGAGGACAUGCAGUAUUACGACAAAGGCUGUACUGCGCACGCAGAGCUGCGGACAUUUGCUCAGUCGGUGCACGAGGGGGCCAUGGUUGUGUAUUUUGAGGAUGCGCUGGCGAACGAGUAA